AGGCCACUAGGUGGGAAGGCAGCUCAGAAGCGUUGCGGCAUUCGCGUUAAACGCUGCAGACGGAGCUCCAAUUGAAACGAGAAUGGUUCUGAUUACUCUGGCCCUGACCCUGGCGGUCGUCGGGCUGCUCUAUUUGAUGAUGACAUGGAACUUUAACUACUGGAGACGACGAAGGGUUCCGGGGCCAAAGCCCAAGCUAUUUGUAGGAAACUAUCCCAACAUGUUUUCGAUGAAGCGUCAUCUCAUAUACGAUCUGCAAGACAUAUAUAGGAAAUACAAAAGCAAAUACGACGCAGUGGGCGUAUACGGAGGUCGACUUCCUCAAUUGCUGGUUAUUAAUCCAGACCUGGCCCAUCGGGUAUUCGUCUCUGAUUUCAAGCAUUUCCAUGACAAUGAGGUGGCCAAGUUUAUAGAUGAGAAAACCGAUUUUAUUUUCGCCAACAAUCCGUUCUCACUGACCGGGGAUGAAUGGAAGGAAAGGCGUGCCGAAGUAACGCCCGGCCUGACCAUGGGAAGAGUAAAAACCGUAUAUCCAGUGACAAACACUGUUUGCAAACAACUAAGUGAGUGGGUUGAGAAGCAAAUACGUCUUGGAGCUUCGGCAACUGGUGGCAUUGAUGCCAAGGAUAUGAGUCUCCGUUUCACCUCGGAGACGGUUACCGACUGUGUUUUGGGCUUAAAGGCCGACAGUUUCUCGGACAAGCCGACCCCUAUAAUGUCGCAUAUCAAGAACCUCUUUAACCAGCCUUGGACCUUUAUGAUUUUCUUCAUCCUGACCAACACUUUUCCCUUGCUGAGUCGCUUGAUUAAAUUGCGAUUUGUUCCAAUUAAAGCUGAGUCGUUCUUCCUCGGUCUGAUGGCCUCGGCGGUUGAGGCUCGCCGUGCACAGCAAGCCGGUGGAAAGCAAUUUGAACGGACCGACUUCCUCGACUACAUCCUCCAACUGGCCGACAAGAAGGACCUGAAUAAUCGCCAACUCCUGGCCCGCACCAUGACCUUCCUUCUGGAUGGUUUUGAGACCUCGGCCGGAGUUCUAGCCCAUAUGUUGCUACUCCUUGGACGCGAUCCGGAGGCACAGCAGCGCUUGAGGGAGGAGAUCCUACCGCGUCUCAAAAACGGCAUCAUUCCCUUCGACGAGCUCAACGAUUUGCCCUACUUGGAUGCCUGCCUGAAUGAGAGUCUUCGGCUCUUCCCACCCGCCUUCAUGUCCAACAAACUGUGCACUGAGACCAUUGAGUUGCCCAACAAGGAUGGUCCCAACUUUGUGGUGGAAAAGGGCACCACUGUGAUUGUGCCGCACUAUUGCUUCAUGCAGGACGAGGAGUUUUUCAACGACUCACAGGCUUUCCAGCCUGAACGAUUCUUGGAGCCUGAUGCCGCCAAAAAGUACAAAGACAGUGGCGUUUUCAUGGGAUUCGGAGACGGUCCACGAAUCUGCAUUGGUAUGCGGUUUGCCACUGUUCAGGUCAAGGCUGCCAUUGCGGAGCUCAUCACCAAAUUCAACGUCCGGGUCAAUCCCAAGACCCGCAAAGACAACGAACUUGAAGCCACCGGGAUCCUGGCCAGCCUUCGAGGAGGUAUUUGGUUGGAUUUUGAAUCGCGCCAGUAAUUUAUCCACAUUUAUACUAUAAUCUUAAAAAAAAACUAAUGAAGUUUCUAUAAUUAACCCGACUGUGAAUUACAAUCUGUUUAUGUGA